AAGACUAAUAUAUAAGAUUCCAAGAUUGGACGUGCUAAGCUAGCAAAACGCCGGCAACCAUCAAAACUUGAACAAGAGUGUUUUCUUCCAUUCCAGAUCCCCAUCAAAAAGGAGAAAGAGAAUUGAUAUCAGUGACUGAAGGAAAAUGAAGCAGAACAUGAUGGCUCUUUUGAUUGGAUUAAUUGGUGCAGCCCUCACUUUAUUUGCUUACUCACAAACCUUCGUAUCACCAGGUCAAUGCAUCACACUUGGUCUUAUUGUCCUCAUGUUGGGCUUGCUUGUAGGAGAAGGUCUGAUAUCUUUCUAAUUUCUUCUUGUUUUUCUUUUCCCUUUCAGUCUUUCCUUCAUCUAUGUAUAUCCCUUGUGUAUGUGCAAUAAUAAGUCUUUGAUUAAGAACUUUUUCUACUCUUUUUGUUUUAUCCAUAUUUUGAUUGUAAAUUGAAUCUUAGUCUAUGAAGGGUUGAAGGAACAAUAAUGUAAUUUCUCAGGCAACAAUAUUUUUUUCUUUCUGUUGGCGUUAGGUAUGUAUAUUGAGAAUUAUAUUAUAUGGCCAUUUGUUAA